UGAAUUAACACGUCAGAGCCACGCUUCACUGGCGCCACAGCACCGGCGGCAGCAUCACAACCGGCUUUCACCUGUCAAAGUGGCCGGGCCCCUGGCUGCCCCUCCUUCCCCAUCGCUGUCACUCCAUUCAGCAAGUGACAGUAUCCUUAUCUCACCUUGGUCCUGAAACUGGAAGAGCCGGCGUCCGUGCUGCCUGUCACCUACCAGACCCAAUAAGCAGAGACAGGGAUUGAAUCUUUAUGGGCGCUUUAUUCAGAUGGCUGGCGAUCUGAGAAGAUGGCAGAACCAUCACCAGCCACAACCCAGCCCUCCAGCCUCUGAAGUCCACCCCGCCGAACCCCCAGCCAGCACGUUACCUGUCACCGUUCGGUUCAGCUUCCAUCCACCACUGAGCCGUCCUUCUGUCGGCUUCGCAGUCUACCGCCGUCCUCCGCGUGGAGAUGUCUCCUUCUGGCUGCUGGGGCCUGCCCGUGGCCCUUCUGGCCUUGCUCUUCUGCCCAGGGUCUGCUGAGGAGUUCGAAGUAAGGAUGUGCCCAGAGCAGCUGGCGGUGGAGCACGGAGGGUCCGAGGUGAUCAACUGCAGUACCACCUGUCCCAGGCCUGAAACUGGUGGUGUGGAGACCUCCCUAAAUAAGACUUUGCUGAAGGAAGAAACUCAGUGGAAACAGUACAAGGUGUUUGGCGUCUCCCAGGACACGGUCGUGUAUUGCUACUUCAUCUGCUCCAAGAAGCAGAUAUCGGCGUCCGUCAACUUCAGUGUGUUUUACCCUCCAAAGGAGGUGCUGAUGACGGUGCAGCCCAUUUGGGUGAUUAUGGGUGAAUCUUUCAUCAUUGAGUGCAAGGUGCCCGAGGUGGCACCCCUGGACAAACUCACCCUCACCUUGCUCCGUGGCAACGAGUCCCUGCACCAGCAGACCUUUGAGGGGGCAACAGGCACCCCACAAGAAGCCAUGACAACAUACAACAGAACAGCCCAAAGAGAGGAUGAGCUCUACAACUUCUCGUGCCAGGCCGAGCUGGACCUGCGGUCUCGCGGUGGGAAAAUCAUUCGCACAACAUCAGAGUCCCAGGGGCUCAAGAUCCAUGCAGUGGCACCAGAGGCGAAGAGGCAGUUACGGGGUGCAAGCAGCUUGGAGGAGGCUGAGACGGGCCUACCGCGCAUAGACUACCCGGGGCACGGCCCCCACCGCGACAGCCACUGGGACUCAUUGUGGCUCCUCAGGGCUGUGGUCCAGCCCUGGCCGAAGGACAAUGACAAGCAGCAGAGGACUUGGGGGACGUUUUCUUUUCUAGUCUGAAUACAAACACCUGGACUUAA